UAUUGUUGACCGCGUACACGGUUCAUUACGGUAAAACAUGGCAGCCUCGUCAAGGCUGCAUGCGUGAACGAGCUUUGUUUUUGGUGCUUAUCACAGAAAGAUCCACAAUGAUAACUCCUGCGUUUGACUUGAGUCAGGAUCCUGAGUACCUUAUCCUCUCAGUCCGCGUCCCCUACACCAGAACAUCUGAGUUUGACCUCUACAUUGAUGGAACGGAUAUUAAAUUCUACGCCAAACCGUACUUUCUGAGGUUAACACUUCCAGGAAGGGUAGUAGAAGAUGGAAGAGAAAAGGCAACAUUUGACAUUGAUAAAGGUCUCUUCACCGUGCAGAUCCCUAAAGAAGUAGCUGGAGAGCACUUUGAAGGCCUCCAGAUGCUGACAAGUCUCCUCGCCCCCAGAGGCUCCCGUUCGGCAAAGCCUCUGUUGGAGGACAUCAGCCCAGAUUGCAGCGAAAGUGCGGGCCACGCCGAAGCAGAAGAUGAGGAGGAGUUUGACUGGCAGGUUGAGCAGGAAGUUUAUGUUGAGAGAUCUGAAGAGGAGCUAAGUGGCCUGCAGAAAUACGGCUUUGGUAAUAAGAGAGCUGGAGUGUUUGCCAGAUUACAGGAAGAACUGAGUGAUGUGAUAGAUGUGAAAAACCCAGACAGUACAACAAAAGCUGAGAGGAGGCAAGCGAGGCUGGUGGCGGAGGCUUCGGCCUUUUCCCCUGAUCACUACCUAGCUGAUUUGUUUGAAGACGACGAGAUAAAGAGACUGUUGAAAUUCCGUCCAUGGUGGACAAACCUUUGUUCUUCACCCGAGCAGGAAGGAGAGCUUGUUACACCGUUCAGCGACGAGGAGAAAGAGCAGUUGAGAAAAUUCAAGAACCAAUCGUACCUGCUGGACAAGACUUCACGUUACCAAGCGUGGCUCAGCCUGGUGGACGUGAUUCUGGCUUACUGCUACGAAGUGCGCUCCACCGAGGGAGAGCACAACGUGGAGUCACCAUGGACAAUCAGAAAACUCAGUGGGACUCUGUGUUGGCUGGAGACGUACAGCUCUCUGCAGGAGGUCCUGGUGUCGUUCGGAAGGCGGGUCGUGUGCUAUCCGCUCUACCGACACUUUGACAUGGUGGCGGCUGCUGUUUCUGACGCAGCCAAAGUGUUACGCUCAGGGAAGGCCUGCAUCCUCAAAUGCCUGCUUGAUAUUCACAAAGUCUUCAGACAGAACGACCCAGCUUACAUCCUCAACGAUCUCUACAUUACCGACUACUGCAUCUGGAUCCAGAAGAUCAAGUCAAAGAAGUUGUCAGCCUUGGCCACUGCGCUGCAAAAAAUCUCCCUACAGAAAAAAGAUUUGGAUUUGGACAUUGAGGAACUAGAAGAGGCAGCCGCGAUGGUCGCUGAAGAAGACGAAGAGAGCAGCAGCGGUUCCGGCGACAGCAGCACUUCGGAAGAAGAUGACGAGCGUGAAGCAGAAGAGCGAGCUUGCGCUAAAUCCCGAGGAGGGGGAGGAGAGUCUUCUAAGGACGGCCCUCUUCAGCCCCAACGCGACUCCUCCGUCCCACAGGAGGGAGCAGCCACAGCGCUGUCAACGGAGAGCAGCGUCCACAUCCUCCCUCAAACUCCAGAAGGCGUCCAACCGCUCAUCCAGGAGCUCGGCGAGCUCCGUAUCGCUCAAGAAUCGCACGGCGGUCCUGAAGCGGAAAGAAAGCCCUCGCAGCAGAGCAUCGCCUCAUCAGGAGGAAGCAGCGGUGCAAUUUUGUUGGAGUGCAGUCCUGGCAGAAACCCCUUCCUCGUCCUUCCAGAACGGGAAGAUCCUCAUUCGCCGGACUUUAUCUCAUGAUGGGGACUAUUUUGUAAAUAUAGCUUUCAUGUAAGUCUUUUCAAGAAAUGUGAUUGGCUCACUGAACUGAUAUUUUCUCACCUGUUACCGUUGCGUUUAUGUGAUGACGCUUUUUGUUUUUUUUAAUGAGUGUUUUUUUUUUUCUCAUCAGGCAGGAAUUGGAACAAGAGAUUUUUCUGUCGUGUUCUUUUCCUCUUGAUACCUUUUGCUUGUAUGCAGAACUUAUAAUAAAUGGUUAUUAAAAUA